CUGCAGGAAGUGUGGUUGACGCCACAUGGCCCGGUAGAAAUCGUGGGUUAUGUUGUGUGUGUUGUUUGUUAAGAAAGUUAAAUAAUUUCAAUUUUGCUAAGAUGAAGGUAAAAGUACUGAGCAGGAACCCAGAUGACUAUGUGAGAGAAACCAACAAGGAUUUGCAGAGAGUACCCAGGAAUUAUGAUCCAGUACUGCACCCUUUUGAAAUCCCAAGAGAAUACACUAGAGCACUGAAUGCAACAAAACUGGAACGAGUGUUUGCCAAACCCUUUUUGGCCUCUCUUGAUGGACACAGAGAUGGAGUAAACUGCAUGGCUAAGCAUCCUAAGAGCCUCUCUACAUUGCUUUCUGGAGCGUGUGAUGGAGAGGUAAAAGUAUGGAACCUGAUUAAGCGUAACUGCAUUCGCACUUUGCAAGCACAUGAGGGCUUUGUACGAGGGAUAUGUUCGCGGUUUUGUGGAACAUCGUUUUUCACUGUUGGAGAUGACAAGACCAUAAAACAGUGGAAUAUGGAGGGACCAGCAUUUGGGGACCAAGAAGAACCACUGUAUACAAUACUUGGAAAGACUGUGUAUAUGGGAAUUGACCACCACUGGAAGGAUGCAGUAUUUGCCACAUGUGGGCAGCAAAUUGAUAUUUGGGAUGAACAGAGAACGACCCCAGUGCGAUCUUUCUCUUGGGGUCUUGACAGUAUCAUCAGUGUGAAAUUUAACCCUAUAGAGACCUACCUCCUCGGAAGCUGUGCUUCAGAUAGAAGUGUUGUAUUGUAUGACAUGAGGCAAGCAACUCCAUUAAAGAAGCUUAUAAUGAAAAUGAGGUCAAAUGCUCUUUGCUGGAAUCCCAUGGAAGCUUUCAUUUUCUCUACUGCAAACGAAGACUACAACCUUUACACAUUUGACAUGCGUUUCUUUGACACGCCUGUAACAGUGCACAUGGACCACGUGUCUGCUGUACUCGAUGUGGAUUACUCCCCCACUGGAAAAGAGUUUGUGUCUGCUAGCUUUGACAAAUCAGUUCGCAUCUUCCCAGUGGACAAGAGUCACAGCAGGGAGGUUUACCAUACUAAAAGAAUGCAGCAUGCCAUUUGUGUCAAGUGGUCAGCUGACAGCAAGUAUGUCUUCUGUGGGUCUGAUGAGAUGAAUAUACGGAUAUGGAAAGCAAAUGCUUCUGAAAAACUUGGUAUACUUCUCCCACGUGAGAAAGCAGCUUUUAACUAUAAUCAGAAGCUGAAGGAGAAAUUCCAACAUCACCCUCAGAUCAAACGCAUUGCCAGACACCGACAUUUACCUAAAACAAUCUACAGCCAAGUUAAAGAAGCCCGUAUCAUGAGAGAGGCACGCCGGAAGAAGGAGUUGAAUCAUCGCAAACACAGCAAACCAGGGAGUGUACCUGUUGUGCCAGAGAAAAAGAAACACAUUGUGGGUGUAGUGGAGUAAAAGUUUGCGUCCUCAGAACCCGAUUAACUUAUCUGAUUAUUUGUUUUCUAUUAAAUACUUUAUAGACUGGUUAUUUGUUCAGACGUCUUACAUUAUUCUAAUUUCAAAUAAAUCCAUUUUCUUUACUUUUCAACUGUAA